CAUCUCUCUGAAGAGGUCACCAAAUAACAAACGAGUCCGGGACUGAAGUUUGUCCCUUUCCUCUCCCGGUUGUCGGCAGUCAGGAAAUGAUCGAGCCCGAUGAUGCUGUCAAAAAAAAUUAAGCACCAGGAGCCAGCCCAGAGCUAAUGACCGCGCCAAGUUUUCCGCCUGUAGCAGCAUCUCUCGGAUACCUGCGUCUGCGCUUCAUCCCGGCAUCACUGGCCCAUUAAUUGUGGCGACUGUCCGUCCUCGUCGAACCAGCUCGUCUGAAGAUGGAUGCGAUUCACGCCCAGGGCGUCCGGAUCGCCGAGGCGCUUCAGAACCGGCUGAUGGACCAUGAGAAACUCUGGCUGUCCAUCACUCACCUGGGCAGCCCCAAAGCCGCCUUCCUGCUCUGUUUCCCCGCCACCGUCUACCUCAGCCGGAGGACCGGAGUGGCCGUCAUCUGGGCCGCUAUCAUUUCGGAGUGGCUGAAUCUCAUUUUCAAGUGGGUGCUGUUCGGCGAGAGGCCCUUCUGGUGGAUAGGAGAAUCCCAGCUGUUUCGCACAAACCAGCCGCAGGUCAGGCAGUUCCCCUCCACGUGCGAGACAGGACCAGGCAGCCCCUCCGGCCACGCCAUGGUGACGGCGGCCGUGUGGUGGGUGAUGGCGUCCGACCUGUCCGCCUUCCUCUACGCCCGCACCCGCAGCGUAGUGCUGAUGGCUGUGCCGUUUCUCCUCUACCUGGGCUUCCUGCUGGCAGUGGGCAUCUCCAGGAUCUUCAUCCUGGCACACUUCCCUCACCAAGUAGUUGCGGGAUCUGUCACAGGAUUCGUGCUGGGGUACGCCCUGAGCCGGGUGGUCCCUGACCCGCGACCGCUCAGAUUCUUCGUGUUCCUCUCCGGGGGGCUGCUGCUGGGCACCCUGCUGAUGCACUGGGGUCUCGAGCGCUGGGGGGUGGACCUGUCCUGGUCCAUUGCGUUGGCAGAGAGGUGGUGCGCGCGGGCAGACUGGAUUCACCUGGACACGGCGCCCUUCUCCUCCCUGAUGCGGGACAGCGGGGCGGCCCUGGGGCUGGGGCUGGCGCAGCACUGGAGGCCCCAGGGCUGGAGUUUGCCCAGGGCCCCGCGGGCUCUGUGCAUGGCCCUGACCUCCCUUGCCCUGUACCACCUCAACCGGCUUCCCCUGCCCCCUGCCCUGCCGGUGCUCUUCUACGGCCUCUUCUUCGCCAAGCACGCCGCGGUGCCGCCCGUCGUCAUGGUCCUCGUGCCCGGCCUGGUGCACUGCCUCACCAGGAAGGGGGACAAAGACAAGUGAGAGACCGGCGGCAGCAG